AUGGUGCUCUCUGGUAAGCUUAUUACUGAACUUGGUAUCAAAACACCCGCUGAAAGGUUCUACAAACUAUUUCAAACAGAACUUCACGAAGUUCAAAACCAUUGUGAAAGAAUUCACCAUACCAAGCUGCAUGAAGGUGAAGACUGGCAUGACACUGAGACGGUUAAACACUGGACCUAUAUCAUAGGUGAUGAGGUACACACAUGUUAUGAGAGUAUUGAAGAAGCUGAUGAACAGAACAAAAAGAACACUUGGAAGCUCUUUGGUGGAGACAUUGAUAAGCACUACAAGGUCUUUAAGCUCACCCUUGAAGUAGUUGAUAAGGCUGAUGGCACUGCUGCUGUUAAAUGGACUGUGGAAUAUGAGAAGAUCAAGGAGGAUAUUGACCCUCCAAAUGGCUGGAUGGACUACCUUAGCAAAUGUACCAGAGACAUUGAUGGUAAUCUUUCCAAGGCCGGGCCGCACUAA